AGGAAUCAAACGAUUUCCACAUCAACAAAGAUGAAUACCUUGCUGAUCUUGGGUCUCGUAGUUGCCUCCUGUUUGGCUGACGAUUAUUCUACUAAUAGGAAUGUCGGUCGUGGAGGUUAUGGAGGCGGUCUUAAAGGAGGUCUAGGUGGAGGUCUUGUUGGAGGAGGUUUUCGAGGUUUUGGAGGAGGAGUUGGAGGAGGAGUUGGAGGAGGUUUUGGAGGAGGUUUAGGAGGAUUUGGAGGAGGUCAAGGAGGAGGUCUAGGAGGAAGUCUAGGUGGAGGUCGAGGAGACGGGUUUGGUUUACCAAAGGCCGGAACUUGCCCAUCAAGCAACAUUUACCAGGAGCUAGAGCUUGGCCCAUAUUGUAGCAAUGACGAACAAUGCCACGGAGUACAAAAAUGUUGUUAUGUUGGAGGAAAUGGUCAAAGAUGUCAAAUUCCAGCAGAAUUCGAGCGCCGAGGUUCCUGCAACCAUAACUAUGUAAUCAUCGGUGGUAGGCGCGUAGCUUGCAACCAUGACACAACAUGUCCAUAUGGAGGUAAAUGCUGUAAACGAUAUUCCAGCGGUCAAGUUGACACAUGUACCUACCCAUUCAAUAUAAGCCCUUACCAUGGAACCCCAGGCGGUUAUGGAAUCCCAGGUGGCCCCCGUCAUGUCUAUCCCAUCCCGCAUCUACCUGGUCAAGGAAGUCACGGAUAUGAACCUACAUACCAUAAACAGUCGAAAGUCUACUAAACGCUAUUGAUCCCAAAUGUUUUUUUUUGUUAUGACAAAUAAAAUUGUUAGUCUGCAUCUAAGAA